CACAGUUCCAAAGCACAUUGGCGUUCUUCCCGAAUACGCAGAUUUCCCGAUGAAGCUGCCGACACCAUUGCAUUAUGGCGCCUCAAACAGGUGUACAGGUGUUUCGUGUCGCUCUGCGCACAAAGCCGAAUGAGAACAGAGAUGCCAAGCAGGUACCAACGUAUCGCGCUAGGAGAACUCAUAAGAAAAGCCGUGGGGGAUGUCUCGCGUGUAAAGACAAACACAAGAAAUGUGAUGAGAUACGUCCUCGUUGCUCGGCCUGCUCCAAGCGCGACUCUUACUGCCGAUACCCCGAUGACGAAAGGCAGCAGGGCUCUGGCUCUAGCAAAGCGUUGAUACCCAGGCCUUCUAUAGAUGGGCAGCGCCUUAAAUUCACCACCCCGUUUGUGCUUCUCCACACCGGGCAGCACACAGAGCAUGACUUGCUCCUGCUGGACCAUUUCGUCAAGUCAACCACCAAAGAUUUACAAGGCCAGAAUGCAACUUUCGUAUACGCAACCAAAGCUUUGGAGUUAGCGAAGGAGAAGUCGUACUUGAUGCACGCAGCAAUCGCCCAAGCAGCCUGCCAUCUCAAUCAGCUUAACCCCGAUGAUCCCAAGUUCCGGAUGGCUGAAGCGUUCCAUACUCAGCUUGCCAGCCGCGGUCUGUGCGAGGCGGUAAAUCGGAUCAAUGGUUUGAAAGAUUCCGACGCAGUACUGACUACUGCUAUGCUUGUUAAUGGCAUCAGCUUUUGCUCGGCCGAGUAUCGCGAUGACGAGUUUGUGCCGCAGUGGUGGUGGCUCCGAGUUCAGCUAGGCCUGCGGGAACUACUCGCUCGAACGAGCCCUUAUCACUCAGAAAGCAUGUGGAAGUCCUUGUUCGAUGCUUCGGAUUCGUUCCAAAUUUGCGAACCUCCGACAAAUGACCUGGCGCAGCGCAUAGCAGAUUUCUGCGGCAUAUCUGACAGCUCCACCGCAGAGAACUGCGUUUACUUUGAACCGGUGCGGUGGCUGUGGCCAAUCGUCACACGGCCACCGCGGAAGAAGUACCUUUUGCUUUAUCUGCGCUUCAUAGGCAGCAUCACGAACGAGUUCGUUGACUUGUUGGAGGCUCGUGACGAGAAAGCGCUGUUGAUAUUUGGGCACUGGCUAGCGCUGAUGUGCAGUAUUAACGAGUGGUGGUCAGUUCGGAGAACGAGAAGAGAGUGUUGGAAGAUAUGCGACUUUUUGCUGAACAAGCUGCGUGGGCCAGACUUGGAGCUUCUCGAAUUUCCCGCUCAAGCGUGCGGAUAUCUGUAAACCUUACCAUCUUAUGCGGAUUGUUCGUUGCUUCUUUGGAUUUCGCAGGCUUUAAGAAAUUGAUAAAGCAUGAAUGCUGACAGUAAUGGAAGCUGAAGACGAAUUCAAUUCUUACAAAAGACUGAGAUGGAUGAUGAAUCUACAUUGCAAAUUGUGAGACAAAUGUGCUCAUCGCUUAUGUUAUUCGCACGACGUUUGGCUCAGCAGGAAGCUCUCAGGAGGGAACACUCUUUGCACUCGUCUUU